AUGUUACAGCCACUGUUCGCAUUUGGUAAUUUUUUAUUAACCGCGAUUGUGACUUUCACUGUAAUUGGGUUGAAUAUUGCAAUGUUUUUGAAAAUAAGUGAACGGAAGAUGACAUCUCUUGGUCAAUCCCAAUCCACUCAGACUCAAAAAGUGUCAAGAACAUUGACGGGAACUAUGAUAAUUAUGUUAAUUCCUUUAAUCGUUUAUCUUUUCGUGGCGAAAAUCACAAGCAACAUUGCGAACCAGCUCGACAAAGUCAUCUUUGAGCUCUGGAGCAUCGCUGUGAACUCAAGUGACUUCGAUCAUUUUUACCAAUUACUGAGAUCUGCUGUGCUGGAAAUUGAUCCAUGUUCAAUUCCUACCUCGUGGAGGCUCAAGGGAAUUUGUCACUCUGCGGAUCCAUCGGACUAUGAGGAUGCUUUGAGUAAUAGCUCACCUUCUGUACACAGUCAUUUCUGA